UUUAUUCAAUGCUUGUUGCUCUUGUUUUGUAAUUUUCUUUUCUUACUCGACGUUUCGAUGCUUGAGAAUCUGUUUGUAUGAAUGCCGACGUGAAGAACAUGACAUCGCUAGUUUGUUGUGUUGAUGAUCUGAUCUCUUUUUUUUUUUGGAUAUCUGAGUUUUUCUUCAUAUUCAGCUGGGUUGUUUAUAUGCUCGCUUAUUAUCUGGAUUAGUAUCCAUGUGCUCCAAUGAUUUAGCUUUUCAAGUGUUUGAAUUCGUAUACUGAUUGUUGUUUGUAUUUGUUUCCACCAUCUGGGUCCGGGGAAAUUUUUGAUUUCGUUAACAUUUUUCUGAAAUGUAAUACACAUUCCUUGUCGAAAAAGUUCCCGAGAAGUGUCGCGAUAAAACGCCAUUUUUCGUGUUACCCUUUUCUUUCGGAGUUAUGUGAGAAUGAGGUGCAGAGUUAAAAAGAGCAGAUGAUGUGUUUACACUUGAUCUCUGAACUUUCAGGUAAGUUCACUUGUUGAAAAUAUAUUUUACACUGAUGCUCUCCGGCUCAACCAGCGCCUAUGCGGCAUUGCUGGCAUCUCGGAUCUUGUUCUAAGGAUUUUUAUUACAGGAGCAAGGCUUCGUCAUCAGCCCCUCUGGACAGCACGCUUAGAAAAGGCGGAAAAAAUUUCUCUGACAUGCCUUGAGGAGAUUUAACAAACUUUAUGUUUCAUCAGGAUCCAGUUUGAGGUGAGAAUGCAUUACCAUGUCUCUUCUGCUAGCUUCCAUCUGCAUCUCCCAGCUAGUAUUGUCAGAAACACUAGUGUAAAAGCCACGGCUAGAGUAAAUGCCAGUAGAAGAAACCAUGAAAAGAAACUUCCCAGAAAUCUCCGUUAUCCUCGUCGCUCUAAGCUCCCUCCUGAUUUUGGUGUCAACUUGUUCUUGAAGAAACCUAAAAUUGACGACAAGGCUGGUAAUCCUGAUGAGGAAGUUGAGGAUGAGGCUCGACAUGAAGAACCAGAACCCGGGAAUGACAGUGUUGUCUGGGACCCAGAUGAGAUCGAGGCAAUAUCUUCUCUUUUUCGAAAUAGGAUCCCUCAGAAACCUGACAAAUUGAACAGAGAUAGGCCUCUGCCACUGACUCUUCCUCACAAAACAAGGCCUUUGGGGCUCCCAACUGUGAAGAAAAACAUCAAAUCUGUGGCAUCUUCGCGUGCCUCGGUGUCCAAGCGAGUGCAUAAGGACCCGAGUUUUCUCAUCAGGUUGGCCAGGGAGAUCAAACGCUUGCCUUCAGAUGCAGAUGUCUCUGUUGUGCUCAACAAGUGGGUUAAAUUCUUGCGAAAGGGGUCAUUGUCAUUGACAAUUCGGGAGCUGGGUCAUAUGGGAAUGCCUGAGAGAGCUUUACAGACAUUCUGUUGGGCGCAGAACCAAUCUCAUCUAUUCCCAGACGAUCGAACUCUUGCCUCCACUGUUCAGGUCUUGGCAAGGCACCACGAGCUGAAAGUGCCAUUUGAAUUCAACAAGUUCACUACUUUGGCUAGCAAGAAUGUGAUCGAGGCAAUGGUUAAAGGAUUUAUCCAAGGUGGGUGGCUGAAUCUAGCCCGGAAACUUCUCUUUUUCUCGAAGGUUAACAAGCGAAUGCUAGACCCGAGUGUUUACGUGAAGAUGAUUCUAGAAUUGGCUAAAAACCCUGACAAGUAUCAUCUGGUUACCGCCCUUCUCGACGAACUGAAAGAGAGGGAAGACCUUAGCUUGAGCCAUCAGGACUGCACAUCGGUUAUGAAGAUCAGUGUAAAAAUGGGCAGAUUCGAACUGGUGGAAAGCCUCUUUAACUGGUUCAAGCAGUCAGGAAGAGAACCAAGUGUUGUGAUGUACACUAUGAUAAUUCAUAGCCGUUUUUCGGAAAAGAAGUACCGAGAGGCAUUGCUUGUGGUGUGGGAAAUGGAAGAAUCAAACUGUCUUCUCGAUCUUCCAGCAUAUCGAGUAGUCAUUAAACUGUUCGUGGCCAUGAACGAUGUGUCGAGAGCAACGAGAUAUUACUUCAGGCUCAAGGAAGCUAGUUUCUCUCCGACAUAUGACAUAUAUCGUGAUAUGAUCUGUAUAUAUAUGGCUUCUGGUCGGGUGGCCAAGUGCAAGGAGAUUUGCAGGGAAGUUGAGGCUGCUGGGUUGAUGUUGGACAAAGACACUUCAACGAGGUUGUUGCAGCUCAUAGAGCAAACAAGGUACUUUUCAUAGAAGACUACUUCCCCUGUGUCUCUCACUGCCAAUGCUGCUGUGCUUCUCGUUCCGUAACGACCCUUUUUCGAUAUUCGAAGACGAGAGAAGAGAUGAACAAAUGCAAAGUAUCCCGAGAAUCAUUAUCACAGUUGCUUAACUUUAAAGGUUCUUUAGUUCUUACCAGCGGAGUGUCCACUUCGACGAACACAGAGCUCAGGUUGUAUUCCCAGUCAGUGUCACAAAUCCCGGGCAACCUGCUUUCUUCGGCUUUGACUCGGUCCUUCAUAAGCUUUUCAGCCAUCUCCUUCACGGUUGAAAUGCCUGCAGGAGUCGUCGUUCCUAUGUUACCUUAGGCCAUGGGGAAUCAAGUUUUGCGUUGGAGAGAACAUGAACACCAGCAACAACCUCUUGGAUGGCAACAGAUUCUCCUUUGGGUCUGUUGGAAAUAUAAACCAUCGAUCUCGAAGAAACAGAGCAUGCAUGGUUUUUUAUGAUCUCGGACAGAGGAGGAAGAAGAAACUUGCCUGUUAUGGUACUCGUCUCUGUUCUGGAGGAGGAUCAAUGGGUAUAAAGGAUGAGAUUGCCAUACAAAUGCUGCGAUGCACAUUUUUUUUUCAGGUUUUUUUUUUUUUUUGUUUGGCGUGAAAAGUUCAAAAGAUAAUACCAAGAACACAAUCUUCUAGAGCCUUUGUCUGGUAUA